CCCGCUUAACCCCAGAUGCGCGGGGGGACGCAGCUGCUCCCGCUGGGGGAUGCUGCGGGAUUCCUGGCGCCGGGCAUCCGGGCCGCCCGCUAAGCCCCUGUGCCUAUCCCGUGCCCCUGGGGACCCGGAGUCCGGCUGCUGGGAAAGAGAAGCGGCCGCCGAGACGCUGCAGGGUGCCGGGCGGGGAGGGGGCUGGAAGCCCCAGGCCCGAGGGCAUGGAGCGGUUAGGGGAGAAAGCCAGUCGCCUGCUGGAGAAGUUCGGCCGCAGAAAGGGUGAAUCUAGCCGGUCUGGGUCUGAUGGGACCCCUGGGUCGGGCAAGGGGCGCCCGAGUGGGUCGGGGGUGCCUAGGAAAGCAGGGCACCGAGGAGCUACUGGGGAACCUGGCAAUGAGCCGUUGGAGCCGGCCCGGGAGCAAGGCCCCCAGGACGCUGAGCGGAAUCCACGCGGCUCCUUUGAGGCGCAGCGCUGCGAGGGCUCCUUUCCCGGGGGGCCGCCGCCCACACGAGCCUUGCCUCUACCUCAGUCACUGGCCCCCGAUUUUCGCCAGGAGACCACGGCCCCGGCCCUAAGCCCCCGCUCCAGCUUCGCCAGUAGCUCAGCCAGCGACGCGAGCAAGCCGUCCAGUCCCGGAGCCAGCCUGCUGCUGGACGGCGCGGGGGCUGGCGGAGCCGGAGGGAGCCGGCCCUGCAGCAAUCGCACCAGCGGUAUCAGCAUGGGCUACGACCAGCGGCACGGGAGCCCUCUGCCCGCGGGGCCGUGCCUGUUUGGCCCACCGCUGGCUGGCCCCCCGGCCCUGGGUAGCCCCGGAGCUCUAGCCGGGGCCGGAGUGGGAGCUGCAGGGCCCUUGGAGAGACGAGGGGCGCAACCCGGACGACAUUCGGUGACCGGCUACGGGGACUGCGCUGCGGGCACUCGAUACCAAGAUGAGCUAACAGCGUUGCUGCGCCUGACGGUGGGCAACGGUGGGCGAGAAGCCGGCGCCCGCCGAGAAUCCUCGGGGAUUGAGCCGUCGGGUCUCGAGGAGCCGCCGGGGCCGUUCAUGCCGGAGGCCGCCCGCACCCGGAUGCGGGAGCCAGAGGCCAGAGAAGACUACUUUGGCACCUGUAUCAAGUGCAACAAAGGCAUCUAUGGGCAGAGCAAUGCCUGCCAGGCCCUGGACAGCCUCUACCACACCCAGUGCUUUGUCUGCUGCUCCUGCGGGCGAACGUUGCGCUGCAAGGCUUUCUACAGUGUCAACGGCUCUGUGUACUGUGAGGAAGACUAUCUGUUUUCAGGGUUUCAGGAGGCAGCUGAGAAAUGCUGUGUCUGUGGUCACUUGAUUUUGGAGAAGAUCCUACAGGCCAUGGGGAAGUCCUAUCACCCAGGCUGCUUCCGGUGCAUCGUGUGCAACAAGUGCCUGGACGGCAUCCCCUUCACAGUGGACUUCUCCAACCAGGUGUACUGCGUCACCGACUACCACAAAAACUAUGCCCCCAAGUGUGCGGCCUGCGGCCAACCCAUCCUCCCCUCAGAGGGCUGUGAGGACAUCGUGAGGGUGAUAUCCAUGGACCGAGAUUACCACUUUGAGUGCUACCACUGUGAGGACUGCCGGAUGCAGCUGAGUGACGAGGAAGGCUGCUGCUGUUUCCCACUGGAUGGGCACUUGCUCUGCCAUGGCUGUCACAUGCAGCGGCUCAGUGCUCGACAGCCCCCUGCCAACUACAUCUGAGCUGUAGCCACCACUGCUGCCAUCACCACUGUCGAAAACCUCUGGCCAGUGGGCCCCUCUGAGGCCAGCCGAGGCAAGGAGUGCACUCUGCGGCUGACUGAAGAGUCCUUGGGAGGCCCCCAAGAGCCAGAGACCCAAAGAUCAUAACAUUCCAAAUGGAUUGUGGAGGAGGAGCUUCUCGUUGCCAGGGCCGGUGACAUGUGGCCUGUGCCGCAGAUCUGCUCAGGCAUACACAGGCGGCGUCUAGAACUUUCUGGUCUGAUUCUGGUCUCUGUCUCCACCACAUGUUUGUGGAUAGGUCAAGCAAUGUCCUGGCUCUGGAUUGCAGGAGAGGAGUAGCAGGAACUCCUCAUUCUUGUACCUCACACAUGGCGUCGGAGGUGGGGUCUGCCAAGCGCUCACCACAGUAUCUUAUCCCUGGAUCAAGGGGUGGAAAACCUGGACUUUACUAAUGAGUUAGCUCCUGCUCUUCUUGCUGAGAAUGGGGACCAGCUCUGGGUGGGCCUGGUGCCCGUGUUGCCUGUUUCUCAGGGACUCACAUGGGCCUGGGGAGGCUACGUGGGUGCCUGUACUUCUUUUGUCAUGCCUAACGCAUGACAAAGAAGAACAGGACACCUAAUAGGUAUAAAAACACUCAAAAAGGACUUGUGCUUUUGGCAAAUUGACCAUUAAAAGAAUCGAACUUUAAGCGAACAAGUGUUCCAUUCUCAGCUGGGGGAGGUAUGAGCAGGUCGUUGUGAGUAUGGGACUUGCUGGGUGAGAUGUCUAGGAAGCUUUAGGCUAGAACUGCUCCCAGGAUCAGGUGUACUGAGCACUACAGCAUAUGGUAUAUGUGCACGCGGGUGCACACACACAUGCAUGCACACUCGUUCUCUUCUCAGGUUACUCUCACACUUGGCUCCUUAGCAGUAGCUCACCACCACAGACUUGUCAGUGCUCAGAGGGAUCCCGGAUUACACCCAGUGGAACCCCAAGUCUCUGGGGUUUGAGGGGGUGCUGAAGGGAGGAAAAAUCCAUUUAUUGGGUUCUAAUCAGUUUGGAAGUAGUUCACUUAAAGCUAGAGCUCUUUCUAUCUUUUUUUAUUUACCAGAAGGCGUGUGCACUCACUGGAGAGAGAGAAAGCACCAUUGUGGGUGGUCACACUGCAGCCCCUUCUCCUUCAUUUCUCCCUCUAGGGAUUUGGGGCACACAUGGACACACUCCUGGCAAGUUUUCAAGCACCGGUUCUGAGACUUGAACUGCACAGUUGGCCAUCUGAGAUCCAGCACCUAAAGCACCACGCCAUUGGCUGGCCCAAAGCCAGAGCUCUUAAAACCAAUUCACGGAAAACUUGUUUGCUUAAAAGUUCACUUCACUUAAUGACCCAUUUACCAAAAGCUGAAUUUCUUUUGGGGUGUUUUUUAUAUCCGUUUAGAUGUCCUUUUUGGUCAUACUUGAGGUAUUUCAAGGAUUCAUAUCUAUUCAUCCAAGAGUACUUCAGAGUUAUUAUCAGCAACAUAAAUUUAUCAGAUUUGCAGCACUUUGUAAGUGAUGAGAUUGCUUCCUACCUUUAUGGAUGUCUUUUUCUAUGUUAUCUACUUUUCAAAUACUUUUUUAAAAGUUUGAAGUUUCUAGCAAUAAAUACAAUUGGUACAGACA